CCUCCCCUGGUAGUUCGAGUCUAACCGUUGUCCUGAACAAACUGAUAACAAUGGAACCCGUAUUGAAGAUUCUACUGCUGCUACUAAUCAGGAUCCAAUGUUGCCAUCAAGAGCGAUUUCAGUGUCACCAAGAGCCCAACGUCAAGGUCCAAUGGCAUCACGAAGGUAGUUGCGUUCAGGAGAAUUCAGAUCAGCACAGUUUCCUCGAGCUGGACUCCGAUUCAUUGCUGAACUACACGGUUCUGGAGCUCGUCAACGCAACGUUCGCACAGUUCGGUUCGAAUCACUUCCAAGUGAUACCGGCCAGUGUUACGACUCUGUCCGUUUACUUUGGGAACGUUUCGGAAGUUUACUUUCUGUCGGGCUCGUUGCACUCGCUAUCGAUUCUGGACACCGAUCUGCACCGGUUCUUUGUUGCCGAACAGGAGAACCAAGCACUGACAUCGCUUGAGAUUCGAUCAAAAGCCCUGGGAACUGUUCCUUUCAGUAUCGAAUACUUAAAAGAGUUACAGAAACUGACACUGCGGGGUUGCAAUCUGACCAUGGUUGACGUAAAACAGUUCGGAGGGUUGAGUAAUUUGGUCGAAUUGGAUCUAGCGGAAAAUUCCAUCUUCACCCUAGAUAUUCCAGUGAAUAUAAGGGUGGGAUCAUUGAGGAAACUGUUUAUCGAAGAUAAUUUUCUAACGGAGGUGAAAAAUUUCCCGAUGGCGUUCCCCCGACUCAGAACUUUGGGCUUAUACAACAACCGGUGGUACUGUGAUUGGGUGGCUGAGGUGAGGAAACGCAUCAUGACAGCAUGGAUCGUUGUUUACGGAAGAGAUGUGGAUUGUGAAAAAAGAAUUUACCAUGGUGGUUUGUGUUGUGUUCGACGGCCUGACCGUGUUUCGAAGUGA